AUAUAUAUAUAUAUAUAUAUAUAUAAUAUUCAGUUCGAUUUGUUGCAAUAAAAAUGUCAUUUUGAGCAUUUUGAUGUGGAUAUUAUAGUCAAGAAUUUUAAUUUGAUUUAAUAUAUUAUUGAUGUACUACUUUAUAAAACUUUAUAUUAACGGAGCAAGUUUUAUAAAACUCUAUGAAAAUUAUACGUCAAUUAACCCUUUCGCUGCAAAGAGCAUACGUUUAUGCCUUUAACAAGUGAGCGAUUAUUUGACCGAUUAUAAGACUGUCUAUAUUUCUAUUCCCUCCAGCUUUUGAUACUAAUAAUAAAAAAGUUAUAUACCAAUAUCUAUGAUUAGGUAAUCAUGGGCAAAUUAAAAAAAACAUUUCGAAAAACUAUAUUAAAAUGUUUAUAACUUCAUCUUUAUCACUCAUAAAAAAUUCCUAUUAGCGUUGCUUGCGCCAGAAAUAUUUGCUUUCUACACACGAGCGCUUUUUGUUACGAGCGCAUCGUAGCGAAAGGGUUGAAGUAACAUAAUAUUGCAUUUACAAGGAAACUUUUGAAGUGAUCAAUUUCGAUGCAAUUUACGAUUUGUAAUUAUUCAUUUACACAUUUUUUUUUACAUAACUUUCAGUUUACCGAAUUUAAUAAUCACAUAUAUGUCUAUACACAUUUACACAUUAUUCAAAAACUGUACGAGAUCUAUUUGUACAUGUUAAGUUUUAUCAAAGUUUUAUUUUUUGUUGUAACUUUCUGCAACAAAGAAGAAACACACACAUCUUUUUUGCGUAAUAUUAAUAUGGACUACAGCACAUUAUAUCGCUAUUGAACAAAGUUACAGUUCUUGUAAACAAGAAAUGGAUUGGAUAAUUUUACAUUUCAGUAACAUUACACUCGAUAGCAGAAUAACAACGAAUUUCGAGCUAAAUAAAAUAACAAAAUCCGUUCAAUUUUUUGUGAUUGGCCUAAUAGUAAAAAUAAUUUGUAAAAAAGGUCAAAACGAGUCCAUUACUAUAUCACGGUCUGUAAGAAUUAUGCAUAAAAGAUUCAUAUACAUUCUUUAGCGUUGUAACUGCUGUAAAUUAGGUUUUAUACCGUUUGAAUCGUGUAAUCGCAAGAAUAAAAUAAAUCAAAAUUUCUAGUAAUUCCUACGAUACAGUUAAUAACUGUCGAGAAAUCUACUUCAGAAGUCAGUUUGAAUGAGACUUGUACAUUAGUUGUGUGAUUUGAUAAAAUAAAUACUUCUGAGAUUUUUGUUUUUUAAUGCUUAAUUAUUUUAAUCGUAGUUCUAUCCAAUCAAGUAGAAAUGUUGCGAAGUAAAUGACGAAGUAAUUAUCAAAUCUGUGUAAUAUAUAUUCUAUCAUAUAUGGAAAAACUUUUCUAAGCGUACACGUCAUAAUGCAAGCUGUUCUUUUAACGGAAAUAGAAGAACACAUCUGUUGAACAUACGAUGCAGGAAACAUCUUGUUAAAGUACUUGGCCGCGACUAAAACAGACUCACUCACUCUCUCUCUCUCUCUCUCUCUCUCUCUCUCUCUCUCUCUCUUUCUCUCUCCCAUUCGUAAGGCAGAUGUGAAUGCCAUUGGAAGGAGAAUCCCCACCAACUGGGAGAGAUGAAAGUUUCCGUCGUAUAAUCGAUAGUAGCUCUCUGCUCUGCAGCUCUCACAAGUCUUACAGUACGCGUAUGUAGCUCAAGGACAAGCGAGGUGUUGCGUGUACAAGAGUGUAAAUAUGAGCUGUAUUAUAUUUAUCAUCAUGUAUAUUAUUUGUAUUUUAAACCGGUGAGAUUUGUCUUUGCACAAAGAUUGCUGCACCAGGCUGAAUCGUGAGAAAUAACAUAGCAAAAUAUUGUGUGGCAAUAAUCUUUUCUGGCAAUGUAAACACAACAACCAAACCACGUUGAGAUCUAAAUAAAGCAAAUGAUUCAUAUCUGUACAAAUAUAUAUACGCAUUUGCUGGGGCAAUGAUAACAAAUGUAAGUAUCGACGCGCAGUGUCGCAAUACAUCAUAAGCGAUUACUUAUAUUAAUACGAAAUACAAAUGGCAGUGCUAUUAUAAUAAUUAUCAUCAUAGUAAUUGCUGUUAAUAUAUUGUUAGAACCAAUUGAAAUUAUAAUGCAAAGCGAUACCGUGUGAUACAAGAGUGAAAGAGUGGAAUUUUGGAAACAUGAAUUACACACUGCAUUCUGCAUAUGUCAAAACGAAAAAUAAAUUUAACUUUUAUCUACGUCAAUAGAGUAUAAACGCAAAUAACUCGUAACUUUUCCAUGAACGAAAUGAAAAGCGGAAAUGAACGGAUGAUAAAUUAAUCAUUUAAGGAUUUAUCUACCAUUAUUCUUACUCUAGAAUGGCAGCGACAGAGAAUAAUGAAGAAUUUAUUGAAAAAGCAUUUCUUAAGUUAACUGAAAAUUAUAUUCAACACGGGGCUGUGAUAAACGAUUUACAAUCCAUUACUAUGACUGCUAAUGCAGAAAGUGCCAAGAAUCGUAGCUUUGCAACGCGUUCAAAAAAAUUGCUGGUGAUACUAUUCGUGCCAUUUUUUUAUGGCAUAUUUAAUAGAUAUUUUUACACUAAUAUAAUGAAGAGUUUUCAAGGGACUCGAUGCUUACUGCCGAAUAAUUAUCUCGUAUGGGAAUUCACGAGACCGAUAACGAAUUGCGAUUAUUGUCGCGAUGUCGAAGCGCCAUUAAUCUUGCCGAAUUUGACCAAAGAGGAAUUUCGCUUUUAUUCAUAUUCGUCCCGACCUAUGAUAAUAAAGAAUGCAGCUUACAAUUGGCCUGCGCGUAGAGAAUUUACUCUCGAGUUCUUUCGGAAUUUGUACGAGCGUAUCGAAGGUGCCUACGAGUCGGUAGAGGAGGAAUGCCAGUUUUUGCACUUUAAGAGUAACUUUGCGAAUCUGCGCGAGGUAUUUGCGAUGAGCGAAGAUCGAGCGUUACAUCGAGAGGGCGAAGAUCCCUGGUACGUCGGCUGGAAAAAUUGCCAUCCACAGAUUCUAGAUGCUAUGAAGCGAUUUUACAACGUACCUCACUUUUUGCCGGAUGACGCGGAAAUUCCGUACAGCAAUUACAUUUUCAUAGGCUACGAGGAAGGUGCCGUUAUGCACUUGGAUUACAUAUCGAGACUCAUGUGGCAAGCUCAGGUAAUAGGUAGCAAAACGUGGACCGUGGCUCCAACGCCGGAGUGCGAUAGCGAAUGUAAAUCUUUUAAAUUUUCCGUCAAUGUCACGGAUGUUGUACUGUUGGAUACGCGGAUUUGGUAUCACAGUACUCACAUUGAAAAUGGAAAUCUUAGUUUAACAGUCACCUCCGAGUACGGGUAGACUACUUUUAAAGCCUUUUUUUUUUACACAUUCCAGAGCAUAAUCUAUAAUGUACAAAAAUUGCUUGGAUAGGAUUCUAGGCAGUUAUUUUUUUAUCUUUUUGCAAAUGUCGAUUGGAGAAAUUGGCUACAAUAUAUGCCAUUUCAUAUCGAGUGUGUCGUUAUUCGAUGUUUUUGUUUUAACAUCUUUUGUUUAGCUCAAUGAAUAAAAUUAUAAAAUAUUGUUAAGUAGGAACAUUUAACACAUUUUCAAUGAAUAAUUAUAAUAUGAGCCCAUAUAAGAAUAUAUUAUCGCGAAUAUAUUGUGAUAUAAAACUACCUUUUAUUGAAUAUCAUAAGUAGAGAUUAUAUCCCAUGUUCUAACCAUUAGAGAAAUAUAUUUCACAAAAGUGUAUUUAAAAGUUGAUCGAUCAAUCUUUGUUUUUAUACUUGACCAAUGCAUUGCUCAUGGUGUCAUAAUUGAUAUAUUGUGUAUUUUUGUAACUUUCAAUAAAGACUUAAAGAUACAUA